GGUUUAUUUUCGUCAUUGACAGCACGAUGCUUGCAUCGUUCGCUUGUUGUUCCGAUUUGUCACAAUAUUUUCGUUUAAAAUGAUAGUAAGAACACUUCCAGUACAGUGGUUUUUCGGGAUAGUAUUAAUACUCUUAAUUUUAUAUUUUAAAAUAAGAAUCAGUUACCUUGAAGAGAGCACAAAAAUCCUGCAGGAUGCACUGGCUCAGGUAGAAAAGCGAAACAACAUCGAAUCGCUUACUCACACUCAGGACAGAGCAUUAUCCAGUGUCGAUGAUGUGAUCGUGAUAUACAACAGAGUACCAAAGACUGGCUCCACAAGUUUCGUGGGCAUAGUGUACGAUCUAUGCAAACAAAACAAGUAUCAUUCCUUGCACAUCAAUGUCACCAAUAACAUGCAUACACUUACACUUCCGAAUCAGGUACAAUUUGUAAAUAAUAUUACUCAAUGGGACGCAAUGAAACCAGCUUUUUAUCAUGGUCACAUAGCUUUUUUAAACUUUGAAAAAUUCGGAGUUAAACGUAUACCACUGUAUAUAAAUUUAUUACGAAAACCUUUAGACAGAUUCGUAUCUUAUUACUAUUUUCUAAGAUAUGGAGAUAAUUUUAGACCACACUUGAUAAGAAAAAAGCAUGGCGAUACCAAGACAUUCGACGAGUGCGUCAGAGACGGACAACCUGACUGUGAUCCAAACAAUAUGUGGCUUCAAGUUCCGUUCCUCUGUGGACACGAACCUGCUUGUUGGGAAGUUGGUAAUCCAUGGGCAGUUGCAGAAGCUAAAAGAAAUGUAGAAAAACACUACCUUCUUGUUGGAGUCACAGAAGAGUUACCAGAAUUUGUACAAAUUCUUCAGGCUACAGUACCACGAUUUUUCAAAGGAGCCUAUGAUCACUUUAUGCAUAAUAGCAAGUCCCACUUACGACAAACUACCCAAAAAAUUGACCCUCUCCCAGAGACUGUAAAAAAAAUUCAAAAUUCGCAAGUAUGGCAGAUGGAGAAUGAUUUAUACAUGCAUGUUUUGGCUCAUUUUCACGCAGUAAAAAAGCGUGUUAUAAACGCAACACCACAGGAAGCGAAUCAACACUUCAUGUACGAAAAAAUCAGACCAAAAUGAAAUUCAACUUUGGUCGUAGUAUGAACAUAUAAACAGGAUAAAGACCUCUCGGAAGUCUGGAUUGUUUCUGUUCCUUUACAGCAGAGAAUCCGGCCAGGUCAAAAAGACGUUGUAAUUCCUUCAAUGGUCGAGUUACUGAGGAAUCCUGUGUGUCAACUUCCACUUUUUCAGAACUUGUUAUAUUUUCUUUCACUAUUACCACGCCAUUCUCUCUGAGUCCUGCCCUGUUGAAUAUAUUUUACAAAGUUACAGACAACUAUUUUCAUCCAUAAAUUAUAUUGCAAAUUUUCAUUUACACUGCAAACAGCAGUAUUGAAACAAAAUAUGAAUAGCAAAUGUUACUAACUGACAGUGGCUGAAAAAUUUGAUAAAAUCAGCAUCUUGUAGAUGUCCUAAAACCCAUUGACACCAUAUAACAUCAUAUUUCCCUACUUCAGGACAAAAGUUUUGCA